AUGCCACCGAAAGAUGACCCUGACGCAACCUCUCAGCCGAAGCCGACGCAGCAGCAGCAGCCGAAGCCCUCGGGCUCGCGAUCCGCCUUCUCCAGCAUCACCACCGUCCCGGCCCCGGUGAAGCGCCUCUUCGACAAGUUUCCCCUCGUCACCUACUCGGCGAACGAAUUGCCGCUGCGCGCUCCGCGCGAACGCCAACGCCACCAGCUGUACAUAUUCACGACCGAGGAUGGCGCAUUGAGGGGAGAAGCGUCCUUCAAUCCUUCCUGUUUGAAAUGGCAGAGCCGCGGAGCUGACAGGAGCGGCUGCCUUCAGACAUACUUUAAAUUCAGCGGAGUCGACUUUGUCACGGUCGCGUCAAGCAAUCACGCCUCUCCCAGCGGCGCGCUGCCGUUCCUACUGCCCGGCGGCGCCAAUGCCUCCGUUCUCGACCAGCCGCACGUCGUACCGUCGGGUAAGUUGCAGAAAUGGGUGAUGGAUAAUGGCAGCACACCUGUGGAAGAGCCGGACGAUGAUCGCUUCGAGGCAUACAUGUCACUGCUGGACCACGACAUUCGGCGAGCAUGGCUCUACACUCUCUACCUGACGCGCAACUUCGACGCCGUAGCGCAGCCGCUCUACAUCGACAGCGCGUCGAGCAACGCGGUCGUGCGGGCCAGCAUCGCGCGCGAGCUCCGGGCGGCGGCGCAGACGGAGCUGCUCAAGCACGGGGCUGUCGUCGACGCUGAGACGAUCUACUCGGCGGCCGAGGACGCGCUGCGGGCGCUGGAGUCGGCGCUCGGUACGGACAAAUGGUUCUUCGGGGCGGCGCGGCCGGGCCUGUUCGAUGCCAGCGUCUUCGCGUACACGCACCUGCUGCUCACACAGGACCUGGGCGGCGCGGGCGGCUGGGCCAAGUCGUCACUGGGCGAUGCGGUGAGGGCGAGACAGCGGCUGGUGCGACACCAGGAACGCAUCUAUGAAGCGUUCUUCCACCAGGGCGCGUGA